GCCUGGCUAAGUUAUUUCAAACUUCGUAACGAAUUUCUUGUUUUUGGCUUUGAUACUUUACACACUGGACGUUUUUAUCUGCACUGAUGAAAUAAUUCUUCUCUUUGCCGCAAAUUUCGUUAAAGUGUUGUCAUGAUGUCAAUAUUAUUAUCAAGAUUUCGUGAAAAGAAAACCACCACUGAAAUUUUAGAAAACCUUGAUUCGAAAAUUGAAAAGAUUGAGAAAUGUAGGUAUACAACAGAACGAAGACAUAAAAGAAUUGUUGCCAACCUAAUUUUAUAUAGCGUGAUACUUUAUAUAAUAUCAGUAUUCAUUUUUUAUUUUUGCUUUUUUCCUACAUCGUUAUAUGAUCAAAUACUCUAUAUUACUCCAUUAUUAAUUUUCCCUAUUGUAAUAUUGCUUACAAAAAAGAUGGUUACAUGGUAUUAUAAACGUAAAAUCUAUAAAAAUCAUGAAAAAUUGUGUGUAAUGCAGUGGGAAAAAGAGAAAAUUCUGGCUGAAGUAACAAAAACUGAGACAUAUGAAAAAGCGAAACAGAUUUUGUUAAAAUUUGCUCCAGAUCAAUUAAAAAUGAGACCUCUGUCUCCAUUUGUAUCCCAAUUAAAAUCAGUAAAAAAAGUAGGUUUAAAUGGAACACCGUCAAGAAAAGAUAGAAACUAAGAAAAAGUUUUAUUUUAUUCACAUUAUACAGUACCACAAUCCUCAGAAACUAAUAAAGGAUCUAUUUCAUCACAAACAAGUGGUUGUCCAAGUGGUUGUAACUUGGGUAUUUGACUAAUUGGCUUCCAGAAUGCUAGUCUAAUAACCAGUUAUUCCACUUGCAGAUUAUCGUUAGCAUUUUUUAAAUAAAAUUUAUUCUCAUUACUAAUACUAUAUAAAUAAAAGAUUAAAAUUAAAAGUUUUUAUACAUUAAUGUAAUAUAUUUAAAGAAUAAUUUUUUGUAAGUUUGUAAAAUUCUGUAGGUUGUUGACAUGAAAUGUGUACAUCUUAAUAUUUGUGUAUAUAGUUGUUUUAAUAAAAGAAGAGCGUAGAGUAUAUUCGAAAUCAAUACAUUAUACUGGUAGAAUAGCUGUGUUUUGUGAAUACGUAAAUAAGUACACCUGACCCUCGAUUUACGCUAAAAUCCAUUUCACGUGGAUUCGUUAAAUUCGU